AUGUCCCAAGGAGAAGCAGCAGGACGCGGCCCUGCCAAGCACCAGGACCAGGGAUGGGCAUGGAUGGUCCUGCUGGCUGCAGUGGUGCUGCAGGGGCUGACGCUGGGCUUCCCCUCCUGCAUCAGUGUCUUCUUCACGGACCUCCAGCACGAGUUCCAGGCCAGCAACAGCGAGACAUCGUGGUUCCCGUCCAUCAUGGUGGCCGUGCUGCACGGAGGGGGGCCCCUCUGCAGCCUCCUGGUGAAGCGGUUUGGCUGCAGGUUUGUGGUGAUGCUGGGUGGGCUGCUCAGCGGGCUGGGAAUGGUGUCCAGCUCCUUCUGCAAGUCCAUCAGCCAGCUGUACCUCACUGCUGGCCUCAUCACUGGUCUGGGAUCAUGUUUCAGCUUCCAGGCAGGAGUGACUGUGCUGGGCUACUACUUUGUGCGGUGGCGAACACUGGCCAACGCCGUGGCCUCCACCGGCGUCUCCCUCGGCUUCACGCUGUGGCCGCUGCUGUCUCAGUACUUGCUGGAUGAGAUGGGCUGGAGAAACACCUUCCUCAUCUUUGGAGGAAUACUACUGAACUGCUGUGUUUGUGGAGCCAUCAUGAGACCCGUUCAGCUGGCAUCAGGGUCACUCCCUCAGCCUGCCAAGCCCGAAGAGGAGCCAGGGAGCAGAGCAGAAGAGGCACAGCUGUCCAAUGGAGCAUCUCCUCACCACCCCACACUCCAGCAGCACACCCAAAGGACAAAAUGCUUCCAGAUGCUGCAGAAGUACCUGGCUUUUGACAUCUUCUGUCAAAACAAAGGUUACCAGAUUUACACUAUUGGAAUAACCUGGAUGAUGAUGGGGUUUGCCUUACCCCAUGUCUACCUUGUGCCUUAUGCCACCCACAACGGGGUGGAGAAACACAAGGCAGCCCUCCUCAUCUCCAUUAUUGGCUUAAUCAACAUCUUCAUCCGCCCUCUCACAGGGCUGCUCUCAGGACACAGAGUCUUCACAGGAAGACGCAUCUACCUGUUCAGCCUGGCCGCGCUGCUCUGCGGGCUCAGCAAUUUCAUCUGUGUCAUUUCAGCAGAGUUCAGUGUGCUCAUCCUCUACUGCGUCAUCCUCAGCGUAGCCAUGAGCGGCGUCGGGGCGCUCCUCUUCCAGGUGCUGAUGGAUGUGGUAGAGAUGGACAGGUUCUCCAGUGCCCUAGGGCUCUUCACCAUCCUAGAGAGCAUCACCCUCCUCAUCGGGCCCCCGCUCACAGGUCUCCUGGUAGACAUAACCAGUGAUUUCCGCUACAUCUUCUACAACUCCAGCUUCUUCCUGAUAUCAGCUGCAUUAUUUAUAGGGCUCAGCUUCUGUGCUCUGGAAAAAAAAAACAAAUUGAGAGAGGCUUCCAAAGCGCAUUUGGACAAUCCCUCCGGAUAUCAAUACAGUGAAAUGUCAACAGAACCAAAGGCUGUAAGUCAAUCCCCUCCAGCAGUUCAGUACAUCACGAGCAUAUGAAAAUAAAGACAGGGGAAAAGUGCAACACCUUGACGUGGUCUGUACAAAGCAACACAUGGCCCAGCACUGAUGGCAGAUCAGAAAAAAAACAGUCUGCUUUCCACUACUGUCAUCUUCUUUUUGCACUUGCACUCCACGGGGUCUUGUCAGACUCCAAGACAGCGAUCCACACCACAGGCCCAGCCCAGAACCCAGCACCAGCCAAGGAGACGAAGCACAAAGAGAUCUGAGCUCUCCCAAAUCAAACUAUGGGGUAACAGCCAUGGGACCAGCACCAGGAGACAAAAGCUGGGAUAGCUCAGUUGGGUUAAGUCACAACCUUUAAGAAGUCACUGGAAUUUCACAAGCACAUUCCAGUUGGAAGUGCUGGAUAACACAUAUUAAUGGGUAGUUCUUCACAAAGAAAUAUUGUUGCCUCAUCUGAAUAUGCAAUUUUGGUGCACAGGCUUCCUAUUUGCUUCGCAUGUUGGGGGUAACAAGUCAAACACUUUCCACAGGAAGUGUGUUAUUAUUUUCCACAUCUCUAAAUAUUAUACAAAAGCAGCUGUGUGGGUUGUAGAACUCAGACAAAUCUCUAGUAAGAUCAACUACUUUCUCCUAUGAAGCAUACACAGGACAGUUUCGAAGCCUCAAAAUUCAACUCCAGAGCCUCAAAAAAACCCCAAAAACAACCCACCAUGCCUUGGAGUGCCUGCUUUGUAGACUUUAAUAUAUCAUAAAAGAGGAUUCAUGGCUCAUGUAAACACACUUCCUCAUUAACUGGAACCCAUUUGGGGCAGAGAGGGUGAUAUCAGACCUAAGAAAAAGGAUAUGUAUCCUUUUAUAGGGCAAAAUACAAAGCAACUGUAGUUCCUCUUUGUGGAGAUCAGUUCAGCUCUUUAGUCUUAGACUUUUGAGCCUAAUUACACCAGCAUUCUCAUUAUAGAGAACUUUGUAGAAACAUAACUUAUAUUUCUUAUAAGCACAAGCAGAACUUAAAAAGAAAUCUGUGGAGAAAGCAUACUGAGAAAAGCCAGUGUUGCUGACUUUCUGUCCAUACAGCCUCGACUGUAAGAGGCUUUCUCUGCCACAUUCCCGGGAUUUAGGCUUGUCACUGCUCAGACAAUGAAUGAUGCAGCAGCCUCAGCAUCAGCUCAAGGUGCAAACUGUUCAUAUUCUGUGUCAUCCCUGACCUGACAGAUGCAGAUAACAGCUCACGAAGCAUGCAGAUAGAGAUAACCCAACACACCAGAACAAUCAAAAAGAUGGAAGCACAAAAUGGGAGUGAAAUGGAAGAAGUAACAGCUUUCAAUGGAACUGCAGUGCCUAUCUAAGAACUGUUGUAUCAAACUCUGCUGCAGUGCUUAUCUGGAGAACUCACCUAUCACAUUCCUAGUGACAAACCCACGGCUUUCAUCAGAGCUCCCCAGGCAAAACAAACAAACCAGUUUAAAAAAACCCACUCUGGAUGAAACCACUGGAAAACUGACUCCAAGGUCUUCAGAGACAGUGGCUUCACAGGUGGCUUUUACACAGAAGGGGCAUCAGGCUCGUGCUCCCACAGCUCAGCAUCUUCUCCAGUACUGUCCUGGGAUUACAGACCCAGGAGGAUUUGCAUUUCCUCAUCAAACCUAUGCUUAAAUAAUAUGGUUAGGGGCAGAUAUACAUAUCUGAUCUCUCAUCACAUGUGUUUGUUAUGUAAUGCUUACAUGGUCCAUAACUAUGAAGUAAACAGGGACUGGUGCUUCUCAGCUUACCAAAAGAGACUUCUGUACAUUCCUAGGAAAUGAAGAGGCUUUCUCACAAAAAAGCAAUAAAAAGGGAUUAACUCCCAAAUUUCUUCUAGCUAUUGCAAAUAAACAGUUAAGCAGCUGAA